GAGUCGGUUUUCAACCUUCACUGCGAGCACGGUAUCGAGAGGGGCACCUUCAAGCAGGGGUCGAUAAAGAAGCACUUGUAAUAUUUAUACACACACAUAUAAGAACAAUGUCCUUCCUCUCUAUCAGCAGACUAGCCCCAAGGCUCCUCAGUUCAAAGAAUGCAGCAUGCGUCGUUGUGGCUGCCAGAAAUGUCAGCGCAUCCACGAAUUUGAAAGACGUCCUGGCAGACCUCAUCCCUAAAGAACAAAGCAGGAUCAAGAACUUCAAACAGCAGCAUGGCAAAACCGCAAUUGGUCAGAUCACAGUGGACAUGGUUUAUGGAGGAAUGAGAGGCAUGAAGGGUUUAGUGUACGAGACCUCUGUGCUCGACCCCGAUGAGGGCAUCCGUUUCCGUGGUUACAGCAUUCCAGAGUGUCAGCAGCUGUUGCCCAAGGCUCCAGGUGGAGAGGAGCCGCUGCCAGAGGGUCUGUUCUGGCUGCUGGUCACAGGACAGGUGCCCACUGAGGAGCAGGUGAAUUGGUUGUCUAAGGAGUGGGCUAAGCGUGCGGCCCUUCCCUCUCACGUGGUCACCAUGCUGGACAACUUCCCCACCAACCUGCACCCCAUGUCUCAGUUCAGCGCCGCUGUCACGGCUCUGAACAGCGAGAGCAGUUUCGCUCGGGCGUACUCUGAGGGAGUUAACAAGGCCAAGUACUGGGAGUUUGUGUAUGAGGACUCCAUGGACUUGAUCGCCAAGCUCCCCUGCGUGGCUGCUAAGAUCUACCGUAAUUUGUACCGUGAAGGAAGCAGCAUUGGUGCCAUCGACUCCAACCUGGACUGGUCGCACAACUUCACCAACAUGCUGGGUUACAGCGAUCCACAGUUCACAGAACUCAUGAGGCUCUACCUCACCAUCCACAGUGACCAUGAGGGUGGAAACGUCAGCGCACACACUAGUCACCUGGUAGGCAGUGCCCUGUCCGACCCCUACCUCUCCUUCAGCGCUGCUAUGAAUGGCUUGGCUGGACCCCUGCACGGACUGGCCAAUCAGGAGGUGCUUGUGUGGCUGACAGCCCUGCAGAAGGAGCUCGGUGGUGAGGUGUCUGAUGAGAAAAUGAGAGAUUAUAUUUGGAACACACUUAAAUCAGGCAGAGUGGUCCCAGGCUAUGGCCACGCUGUUCUGAGGAAGACAGAUCCUCGCUAUACCUGUCAGCGUGAGUUUGCCCUCAAGCACCUUCCCAAUGACCCCAUGUUUAAGCUGGUAGCUCAACUCUACAAGAUCGUACCCAACGUGCUUCUGGAGCAGGGCAAGGCCAAAAACCCCUGGCCCAAUGUAGAUGCACACAGCGGAGUCCUGUUGCAAUAUUAUGGCAUGACUGAGAUGAACUAUUAUACUGUGUUGUUUGGCGUAUCCCGAGCUUUGGGCGUCCUCUCUCAGCUGGUGUGGAGCAGAGCGCUCGGCUUCCCUCUGGAGCGUCCCAAGUCCAUGAGCACGGACGGACUCAUGGCUCUGGUUGGGGCCAAAUCAGGCUAGAGAGCGAAAGACCAUGCCAGCGGAGUGGGGACAGGAAGGGGAAGAGCUUAAUCUAUUAGAAAGAAGUCCCUGGGCUAAGGGAUUUAAAGAGACGGUACACUUUUAAAUUUAAUCUAAAAAGGGCCUUUAUUGAUAUCACAGCAAAAUUACACAUCCCAUUUACAUGUUUAUUAGUCUUUCAUGCCCAAAAUGCACAUUUAAAGCUACUUUUUCACGAUAAAUGUGUAGACGCAUUACACAGUCAUUGCUUGCGAUCACUCCUUAAGUUUUCCCGCAGAUUUUUUUCCCUUCGUAUGACACUGCUAUGGAUGUAGCGAGGUGGUUUGAUGCAGAAGGCUUUAUUGUCCAAGAACACAGCCGAGAGCAAUACAUCUUUCCAGAAUUCACCUCUCUCCUUAUUUAAACUAAUAAUGACUAUUAAAUACUAGUUCAGAAGAGUUAGUUCACCUAAUAUAUAAAUACACCCUUUAUCCUCAGCUUUCACACCAAUUAUAUCAGUUUUAGUCUUGUAUUUUUACUCUCCUGAGGUCAGAUGUUCACUUGAGCCUCUAUUUGUGUGAGGAAAUGAAUUGUCAAAUCCCUGCUCUGAGAUAAUUCGACAAAGUUUGACUAGGCGUCCCUCUAGUUUCUCCUUGUAAGAGCACUCCAUGAUGGCAAUACGGUCCUCUCUCAAUAGAAUUGAUUCUAUGAGUUCAGUUCAACUUGGGAAGCUUGUACAUUUGUUUAAAAGGGUACUGCCCCUUUAAGUUAUCUCUCAUAUUGCUCUCUGACUUCAACCAAUCGUCUUCAUCUUCCUGUCUGUUGUUUGGAAGCACGUGUGGUGCCCUCUUUAUUUGAAAUAUCCUUUUUUAUUUCAUCAGUGGACAUAUUGGCUUUGAUUUGUUAAAGGUUUGUGUCAUUCAUACAAGUUAUUGUAGUCGCAGGUGUUUUGUUUACCAACUUGAGAGCAAGUUGAAUUUGUGGCGUUUAUUUGUACGUUCAUCCAAGAGCGCUCAAAAUCUGCUACUUUUUACCUGUUUCGAGUUUUAGUGUCUUUUUUUCCCCCCAGUGUUUUGAAGAAUGAUGUCUUGUAUAAAGAGAAAAGCUAUCAUUUUGAGUAGGUAUACAUAAGUAGUGGUUUUAUUUAUUCAUGUAAAUAUAGCUUGAAUGUAUGAAUUGCAUAUCAAAACACUGUCUCUCCAUCUCUGUUAGUCAAAGCGCUUAUCUGUAAUGACUCGCGUAACCCUUUAUUUUAAGUAAACUAUACCUUUAAUAUAAUUUAAAACAUGACUUGUACAUGUACUGCUGUGACACACACGGGUCCUGCUCUCUUGCACGCUUGCUCUCAGGUUGUUUUUUUUUUGGAUAAUCUAGCAGUUAUUUUAGCUAGUCGGUCCAUAAGCACUCCAUUAACUCGAUGGCACUUUUCCCCCAAUCAUCAUUUCCCACUUAUCUAGUAGCGUGAGAAGAAUUAUCUGGUUUGCUGUGCCCUUUUCCAGUGUGACUGUUUUCAUCAUGAUGUACAUGAUUGGUUUAUGCGAUGUCGGGUUAAUUUAAAUAACGAGGAAUGUGAAUAUGGAGAUGAUUGGUUGAAGUCGGAUCCACCAGGGGAAGUGGGGAGGGGAACGAGAAUGGGGCGGGGGGGAUGAGUCUGGAUUGAUUGGGGAAAAGAAACUUAGGCGAACAAAAAGAAAAAAUGGGAAAACUUGAUGGAAAAGGAAAACCAAUAAAUGUUUUUAACAAACGCUUGAGGCAUUUUCUUUUUUUCUGCAUGAAACUCUUUCACUCAAUGAUUGCACUAGAUUACUCUGAUAUUAACCAAAUUUGGUCAUAUUCUAAUAUUCAGCUGUCCAUAAUGUAAAUGCCAAUGUAAACUUAUUAACCCAAGCCAAAAUUCUGUUUACUAGAAUCACAAACAAGAGUACGCUCUUAGAAAUAAAGGUUCUUUAUUGGCAUCUGUGGUUUCCUUUAACAUCCAUGCACAAAAGGUUCUUUAGAGCUUAUAUCAGAACUGUUCACUGAAAGGUUCUUUGCAGAACUUAAAAUGGUUCUUCGGUCAUCGCUGAAAAAAAAAAAGAAAAAUUCUUGGAACCUUUAUUUUUAGGAGUGUAGUUGGUAUAUUGCUUUAUAAUUCAUAAUUGUGAUGUAUUUGGAAGGUCCAUAUUCAGAGUAAAGUAAUCUGGGCACUGUGCAAUAGUUUUAAAUAACUGUGACUUUUUCUGCAAAAACUAAAUAUAUUUUGAAGCAUGUUGGGAACCAACCAAGCAACAAUGGAGCAUUAUUUAUUAAAAAUAAUGCCUCGGCAACUUGCAGAAAAAUUAAGUAUUAAGUUGAAAUACUAAAGUUACUCAAACUGAAUUAAACCAUGCUAUAUAGAAACAGAAAUUAGUAUAAGGUACGAUUUCUAGCGAUGUAUCGUAUCGUCGAUUUGAUUGCACAGAUACUAUUCAUCUCUGAAUUCAAUAAUGAAAUGCCUUUAACAGAAAAUUGAGUGUUUAAUCUUAUCAUUAUACAUUACUGACACUAUCCUCCAAUUUGAUACUGUUGAGUGCUUUGACACAGUCUGUAUUGUUAAAAGCGCUAUAUAAAUAAAGAUGACUUGACUAUUUUUAAAUGAAAAUAAAACAAAUUCAAAAUGUUAUAUAAAUAUUAUAAUGCUAUAUAAAUAAUACUAAACACUGCAAUGGAUUCAAAAGAAAACGGAUAGAUCUCAAAAUAUCUUUAUGUUCCACAGAAGAAAUGAAUAAAAACAGGUUUGGAAAGACA